CGUUCAGAGGGCUUCGAGAUCCAGAUCUAGCGGUGAUUUGUGAAGUGCUACACCGUGAGUUGUGAACAGUCAGCCGUCAGGUUGUUUGUGCUUUUAUUCACUUGAACAUCAGGGAUGAUGUAGGAUACUGAUGUCUGAUAAUAGGUUCUUUCCAAAAAAGGUGUGUUAAAUUGUUAGUGUUGGAUUUGUGUACUUGCAGUUUCUGUAGCAGUAUGUUAGUAGUAUUGUAAUCUCGACUAGAUUUAUGGUUAGAAAUUAGGGUUAGGCUUAUGUUAGAACCAGGUUGGGGUUAAGGUUAGCAUUGAUAUUAAUAAUAUUAUCAGUAAAAAAAUAUUAACAAGUCAAAUGUGCAUUUAGUUUUAGUAACUUAACACCCCUUUUUAAGAAGAUUCUAUUAUCGGACACUGGUAUAGAAAAUCUACGUUGUUGGUGUUUGCAACAAGGGCUUAUUUCAUUAUUGAACGAGCCUAUUAACAAAUUAGGUCGUGUGUUUAACCUAAUGCCAUAAUGAAACAUAAUGGCUGCACCUAACGACCAGGCUUUUUUGUCCAGUGGUAGCCCUUUUUGAGCAACAUAAAGUAACCAGGAUGGAGAUACACAACACAUCUCUUGUGUGGAAGAUCAAUUUCUUUCUGCAACUUUUUGGCUUAUUACUUAUUGUCAUUGGUUAUUCUACCAAGUACAUUGGCAAAUUCGAUGAUUAUGCACAUGUAGGAUUAUGGGAAGCGUGUGACGUCUUAAACAGCUGUUAUGAUUUCGAGGUGACUUCUUUCAAAAACGAGCCUCACCUAAUUAGUACAGCCUGGGCAAAGGCUGCCCGCACCCUACUCGGAAUAUGCAUGACUGGUCAGUCUUUGGUCAUCCUGUUGACACUUUCAGCUCUUGUGAUUAAAACUGACAAAUUUGUGGCCUGGUGUACUGCUGGGCUAGUUUUCUUUUCAGUUCUGGUAGGAUUGAUUGGCAUCGCGGUUGCUGUGGGAGAAAUUAGAAGACUUUUCAAACCGCGGUACCAUUUCGACUACAACGUGGGUUGGUCAUUUGGUCUAAUCAUCACCAGCCUUGUUAUUUUUGCUGUGGCUGGAAUCUUGGGGGCGGUUGAAGCCAGGAGACCAGCAAGCUAACU